AUGUUGCCGCCCUACGUUAUCAGAGGUGGCCAGCUCUCUGAGCUGCUCCUCAUCAACAAUGGCAACGCUGGUGAUUUCCUCGAGCUCUUUAAGUCCUCCAGUGUGGAAGCUAUUCGUUGAAACCCCGUCCCCAAGUUCAGCAUCUCCUGUCUGUGGCUGCUGCAGCCUUGUUUCAUCAAGACCGCCCGAAUUGUCGCCAGUACUGUGUCGGUGCUAGAACACCCACAGACACCUGUCACUGUGGCCACCGGUCAGCGCGACCUUCAUCAGCCGUCUGGGGUACCGCAAACCAAUCAACACUGCUUCGUUCGGAAUCCGAAGCAAAAGGGAGAUCCAAGAGGCGACGGAAACACAGACGGAACUCAGCAAGGCGGCAGACAGACUCCAGCACAUAGACCGAAGGAUGCUGCUACUGCCGCCGCCGCCGCCGACGCUGCAGUCGUUGUUGGCGAGACUACUAGCUGCAUCCUCUUUGGAACCAGGUCAUGGGCCAUUGUGCUGUCUCUCACGCUCCAAGACGUGCUCCUUCUGUGUCUACGGCACACGCUGAGUUUCGGCUUUGAUGUGCUGAGCCACUAG